UUCGUCGUCUCCUUCGCUGGCAGAGGCCUCUUGACGGGAAGCCAACCGUUUGGUAGCACUCCAUUGACAGACAUUCUUUCGUCAUAUCUGAACGGAACUUAAGCAAGGUGGCGUCGCUGUUGCUGGCAACGUUGCCCCCAGUCACAAGGGAUAAUAUCAACGCUGCAGUAGCAGGUUCCGCACCAAUGCUGGAUCAUCCGGAAAAUAUCUAUACUGACGUAAAAAAUUACAAGUCAGAUAAGUUCCAUUGGCCUUUAAUUCUCCUGGGAUAAAGGGUUAUUGGAGGCCAGAAGUUUAGACGGGAAGCUAGAAGGGAGCUGCACAAGAAAGGAGAGAGCGAACGUACUGUUCCAGAUCCUUCACAGGGACCCUCCAAUGUCGUCGUAAAGCUAUUGCAUGUGAAGAAGAUGGGCAAAGGAAACACGCUGUCCGUCAUCUAUCACAGCGUGCCGCCUCGACCUCUGAACUACACUUUUUCGGACAUGCUUCAGACGUCAGAAGGUGGCCGCCCGAGAGGCGGGUCGCGGAGUGUGGUGGUUUCGUCCAACGCGCCGGAGGAGUACGUCGAGAGGUUCAAGUCCCGACCUACCACCCGUCCGGCCAUCAUCGAUUUCAGCGGCGCCACCGUCAAACUUUUCAAAGGCAAAGGAGCUCGGUUAUUACUGGGUAACGGCUUUCCACCGAAGAAGAUUGCGCAGAGUGCCGCCACGAAGUUUGGCAAAAACUGCUGCACGAGGACUUUUCAGCUUGAAGUAUGCGUUAGAGUGAACUUACAAAAUGCUCGUCUCAGUCCCCUGAACGACCGAGUGAGCAAACAGCAGCCAUCAUUCAGUGAGCUGGACAAUAUGACUACCACCGCUUUGCACAUGGCACCAUUGUCUAACAAAUCGCCGAUUGGGAAAGGCAGAGAACUCUCAACACAGAAAGCGCCAUACCAUGCAUCCCUCACAUCCAAGCCUUCCAAAACCCCUGAGCUGACGCGAUUCCACGGAGUCUGGUCGUCUGCAUCUUCAACCAAGAGUAGCGGGAAGUCGGCGACGUCGCGCUCCAGGCGGCCCAUGGAGCCAGAUCCAAGGCAGAGGCCGGACUUCUCCUCUGGCAACAAAUUCGUUGCGGGUGAUGUCAAUGUGGCGCCAUACGUCGAGCAGCCCUUUCCGCCGGAAGUCCUCUCCCAGACAGACGAUUUUGACGACCUGAGCGAGCUGCCCCCGCCAAAGAAGAUCGUGCCCAGGCGGGAGUUGCCGUGGGUUUUUCGUUUCAAGGUGAAGAAGGAAAUGAACGCACUGUCCAGGAUCAUGGCAAGCAAGCCCAGUGUAGUCUCCACCCUGGCCGGCCCCGUGGUGUGAACAAGGCAGCAGCUUGUGUCGUAAGUCACUUGUCUGAAUGAUGUUUACCAACACCGAAGACGUCGUGUGCUGUAAAGUUUAAAUUUAACCGUUACACUGUAUUUACCCAAUACAUGGCGGAAAUGACGUGUUGGUACUCUGCACCUGCGCAACGUGUUUGGAAUGUGACAAGCGACACAUUACACAAAAAUACCAAACAUAAAGACAACUGGAAGCGUAUGUCCCGCUGCUGAAUGCACAGGAAACAAUUGUAAGAUAUAUUAGUAAUAAAAAGUAUGGUGCAUUUGCCUGCCAGCAGCAGCCUCAAGGCGCUUUGACAUAAUCGACUUAGCAACAUCUGCCACACACAUACAGAGCACACGCAUUCAUACAAAGGCCAGACAUUUUCGCUAAAUUCAAGAUACCAGAGAGAUACUAUGCACAACUGUGUUUUGAAAAGCUGGGUACUGAUACUACACACUACCAUGGAGUAGACGAGGCAAAACAAACAUGUGCGAAACAGUGCUAUGGAAGACAGCUGUCUUGGUGGCACACUGAGUGCACAUAGGAGAAAAUGUCUUGGAUGUACAGCAACUUUAUAGAGAUUACACAUUGCAGAGGUCAUGUGAACGAAACCCAGAAAUUAUUGUAGUACUUAUAACAAUCAUCAGUACCAGCUCUGAACAGUAACUGAGGAUUUUCAAAUGCUAUGGUGAUGUGCCAUCCGUCGAUCAUGAAAGUGUUCCCAAAAUGUCUCUGGCCAAUUUUUCUGAUUCCUUUUCUUUUCGUUUUUUUUAAAUGUUAGGCAAUAACAUUUUUUUUCCUAUUAGUCGGCUGCAGCUUGCGAAAUUAGACGAACAUGGACUCGUACUAACCAUUGUAGCCUGGAUUCGUUCUUUGUCUUCUGGUAUUUGGGUUCCGAACCCUCACAAUUUUCGGGUUUAUACGAGCAAAAUAAAUCUUCAAAGAAUCCAAUGCAUCACUCCACCUGCUGGGUAUUGUUUACAUUACAAACUUAUAUUACGCUUAUUAGGAGACAGCGUAAGAAUCAUAUGAUGACUUACACGUUAGUCC